AUGAACCAUCAGCCCACUGCCCCAGGCAGUCACUCUGACUGCAUCAUGAACCAUCAGCCCACUGCCCCAGGCAGUCACUCUGACUGCAUCAUGAACCAUCAGCCCACUUCCCCAGGCAGUCACUCUGACUGCAUCAUGAACCAUCAGCCCACUUCCCCAGGCAGUCACUCUGACUGCAUCAUGAACCAUCAGCCCACUUCCCCAGGCAGUCACUCUGACUGCAUCAUGAACCAUCAGCCCACUUCCCCAGGCAGUCACUCUGACUGCAUCCUGUGUCUCUUUCUCUGUAGACUCUUUGAGUUCCGUAAGCUGAUCGGGGACCGGGAGAAGUGUCGCAGCCUGGUGCCUGAGGACUAUCCGGUUCAUAUCGACAAGACUGACGAACACUCAGACUGCUACAUCCACAAUGGACACUUCAUCUCUCCUCUGGUCCACCUGGUCCCAGGGAUCCUACCUCCUGAAGCCGUCAAAGCAAGGUUCCAGUUCAUUGUUCCCAAAACCUGGAAGAAGAACAGACCGGUGUGUGUCCAUCUGGCCGGGACCGGAGACCAUUUCUUCUGGCGGAGGCGCACUCUCAUGGCCAGACCGAUGGUGAAAGAAGCCGGCAUGGCCUCACUGCUGCUGGAGAAUCCAUAUUAUGGGCUUCGGAAACCCAAGGACCAGCUGCGCUCCUGUCUGAAGAACGUCUCGGACCUGUUUGUGAUGGGAGGAGCCCUGAUCCUGGAGUCCACAGUUCUGCUCCGCUGGCUCGAGAGGGAAGGAUACUGGCCUCUGGGAAUGACGGGCAUCUCCAUGGGAGGAUAUAUGGCGUCGUUGGCGGUGACAAACUGGCCGAAGCCGAUCCCGCUGAUACCCUGUCUGUCCUGGUCCACCGCCUCCAGCGUCUUCACCACAGGCGUCCUGAGUCGAGCAGUGAACUGGACUGAGCUGGAGAAACAGUACACUUUUAACUCUGUCUAUGAGGAGGAGAUCAUCCAGCUGCUCGAAUACUGCGGGGUGGACUCGUUUAAGAUGUCCCAGGAGGCAUACAGCUGUGUGGAGCUCAGCAGGAGUCAGGGACAGACUGAAGCACAGAGGGUGAAGGCCUCCUCCUCCUCCUUCUCCUCCUUCUCCUCCUCUGUGACCAGCACUGGGCCGAGCCUCCAUGUCCCACAAAGCGUUCAGUCCCCUGCCGGUCUGAGGAACUCGGGCUCGUCCCGGUCGUCACAGGGCUCGUCCCAGUCCUCGCAGGGAUCCCGGCUGCACAGCGAGGCCAUCAGCUUCAUGAAAGGAGUCAUGGACGAGUGCACACACAUGGCCAACUUCUCUGUCCCGGUGGACCCCAGCCUGAUCAUCGUGCUGCAGGCCACCCUGGACGCCUACAUUCCUCGCAGCGGCGUGCUCAGCCUCAGUGACAUCUGGCCCGGCUGCGAGGUGCGGUACCUGAAAGGAGGUCACGUCAGUGCCUACCUGUUCAAGCAGAACGCUUUCAGGCGAGCCAUCUAUGAUGCGUUCGAGCGCUUCUGUCUGAAGUAUCCUCAGCGCUCGGACUGA